AUGAUUACGCUGCAAAUUAAUAUUUCGAACUGUAGUACUUCGCAGAAUCUUAUCCUUCAAGCAGCGAAGGAACAACAUGCUGACGUGAUACUGGUAUCGGAGCUAUACCGACAGCCACCAAAUAAUGGUAAUUGGGCGGUGGACUCAUCGGAAAGAGUAGCGGUGGUAGCUGCUGGAUCUCGACCAAUCCAGCGGAUGUGGGGCAGCGCUGUACCGGGUCUAGUUGCUGCUGACAUUGGUGGUAUAACCUUCAUCAGCUGCUAUGCUUCUCCUCGGAUGACUGUUGCUGAGUUUGAGGAAUUCUUUAACGCAGUUGAAAUCGAAGUAAGUGCGCACCCUAACGUAGUGCUAGGAGGGGAUUUCAACGCCUGGCACGAGGCUUGGGGAAGCGCUAGGACGAAGCGAAAAGGCGAGGAGCUGCUCAAUAUCAUCGAACAGCUCGGGCUAGUAGUGAAAACCGUGGUAAUACCUCAACUUUCACCGGACGAGGAAUCGCAGGAGAAAGCGUUAUGGACGUGACUUUUGCUAGCCCAUCGAUUGUGCGCUACAAUACAUGGGAAGUGCUUAAAAGUUAUUCGUAUAGCGAUCAUCGUUAUGUCCGAUUUUCUGAUGACAGCUCAUCUGUUUUAGGUAAUGGUAUACAACUUCAUCGUCAUCAACACCAACUUCAACCACAGCAGCGUCGUUCUCAUCGACAAAGUCCUGCACACCGACGGAAACCUCGCUGGCGCCGCGCUGGCCGGCGAUGGAAGGUGGGGAAAUUUCUACCGGAAUCUUUUUGUUUCGCUCUCGAAUCAGUCCACUUCGCGGAGAUUGCAAGGACUCCCGAGACACUUCAGGUGGCUCUCUCUAGGGCGUGUGAUGUAGCAAUGGAACGUGUCAGUUCAUCGACACCCUACUAUCAAACAAAACCUCAGGUAUAUUGGUGGACGCCAGAGAUAGCACAAUUACGUGAGCUCUGCAAAGAGGCUAGCGACAAUGCUCAUUCACGUGUGGACCCUGAUGAGAGAGCAGCGGCAUUGGAAAUUCAUCAAGAGAGGCGAAGUGAGCUGAAACGUGCCAUAACUACCACCAAGGCGCAGCUAUUUCAACAGCUAAUAGACGAGGUUAAUGCGAACGUGUAUGGUUCGGGUUAUCAGGUCGUCACCUCCCACUUGCGCGGUAGCCGCACUCCUCCCGAAUUGGAUCGCGAAGUGUUGGAGCGCAUAGUCACCGACCUGUUUCCUGACCACAAUUCAUUCGAUUGGCCCAUGCGUACAGAAACCUCAUC